UGACCCACUGACUAUUUGAUUGAAAUGUUGAUUUCUGUGGAAUUAUGUGGACAGAUUUGAUGCCUAUAAAAGGAGUUUGGUCUAGGGGUGGGACUUCGAUUAUUUCUAUUUAAGCAACUGGACAUUGUGCAUUAGUUUAAACUGUGCAUUGAUCGGUCUUGUAUACCCAGCUAAAGACUAAGUGACAGAAUGAUUCCAGUCCCUUACAGAAGCAUUAUCAAUGGUGGACUGAAACCUGGAAAAAGCUUUACCGUCCGAGGAAUGGUCACCCACAACCCUCACAGGAUUGCAUUCAACCUGCGCCACUCAUACGGGAUUGCAUUUCACUACAAUAUCCGUUUUGAUGAGAAUAAGGUAGUGUGCAACAGUUGGGAUGGUCUGUGGGGUACAGAGGAAUUUCCUGCAGGGAUGCCAUUUAAAGAAGGUCAAGCCUUUGAGAUCUACAUUUUUUGUACUGAUGAUUCCUUCAACGUGUUUGUGAAUGGUCAACAUGUUUGCUCUUUCAAGCAUCGCUUUUUGUCAUUGAAUGACAUCGAUGUUUUUGAAGUUACUGGAGAAUUGCAGAUAGAUCAUGUGGAUGCUUAGUGAAGUUUUCAUCU